UCGCUUGGCACGCGCGAGUUUAUCCCCUCUUAGAAAACGGCUUAAUUAAACAACAAAAUUUGUUUAGUGAAAAAUAAACAAAUAAGAAAAAAUUAACACAAAUUUUACUACUAAUUUUUUAAUUUUCAUACUGCACUGUGAAGGGGGCAGUAUUUAACAUAAUCUACUGAGUUUUUUUGUUAAUAAGAUACAUUUAUAAUUAAUUGAAUAUGUAUGGACAAAAUAUAAGAAACGUUACAUAUGCUCCCUAUGGUUAUAAUGGUUAUAGACAAAGCGGCGAACGUAUGUGGCGUAUGAGUCAUUCUCUGCCCUCCGGCAUGGACACAGAUUUCACCUCAUCGUAUCCAGGUCCCUCAGCAAUGAAUCAUCGCGGCGGCCGUGGCGGUGGUUAUAAUGAUUUUUCAGGUGGCGGCAGUGCCAUGGGCUCCAUGUGCAACAUGGCACCGGCGAUUAGCACAAAUUCCGUGAAUAGCGGGGGCGGCGAUUGUGGUGAUACACAGGGCUGCAAUGGUACCAAUCUAAUUGUGAAUUAUCUGCCUCAAGAUAUGACAGACCGUGAACUAUAUGCAUUAUUUAGGACGUGUGGUCCUAUCAAUACAUGUCGUAUCAUGAAAGACUAUAAGACUGGCUACAGUUUUGGUUAUGCUUUUGUUGAUUUUGCUUCCGAAAUUGAUGCCCAAAAUGCGAUCAAGUCAUUAAAUGGUGUUACAGUAAGGAAUAAACGUUUAAAGGUUUCAUAUGCCCGACCUGGUGGUGAAUCAAUCAAGGAUACCAAUUUAUAUGUUACCAAUUUACCGCGUACAAUCACCGAUGACGAAUUGGAAAAAAUCUUUGGUAAAUAUGGCAAUAUUGUACAAAAGAAUAUACUCAGAGAUAAAUUAACUGGUAAACCAAGAGGUGUAGCAUUUGUAAGAUUCAACAAACGCGAAGAAGCCCAAGAAGCCAUCUCAGCUUUAAACAAUGUUAUACCUGAAGGUGCCUCACAACCUUUAACCGUACGCUUGGCCGAGGAGCAUGGCAAAAUGAAAGCUAAUCAUUUUAUGAAUCAAUUGGGCAUGGGUCCACCUGCUGCUCCUAUACCUGCGGCUGGACCUGGCUACAAUAACAUGGUGCAUAGAGCGUACAACUACUCUGGACUUUUGGAUGGUUUUUAUCGGAACAAAUCGUAUCAUUAUCCUUAUUUAUAAUUCAGCCAGACUUUAGUGUAAAUAAUUAAAUUUAAUAAUAAUUUAGUAAUGUGUAUAAUGUUAGGAGAG